AUGCCACAUUUAACUUUAGCUCAUUUGCAGCCAAAUGCAUUUGACAAAAUGCGUGUGCAUUUAGCCUUUCAGCUAUUCAGUGAAGAGGUUUUGAAAGGACUCUUUUUUUACAAGGACAAGUUGAGCAAAAUCUUCCGUACUGCAGAAGCAACAGAGCAGUUUGUGAAGAUGAUAGAACAUUUGAUUUUUGUGAUGACGUCUAGAGUACCAUCCAAAGGGCUUCGAACGAAGUCGAAAAGCGCCGGCGCCUUAGAAGAAUUUUUAACCUUUUUAGAUGAAUGGGAACAAUAUGCCGCUCAGCAUGGGGGUGGGUUUCUUAGUGCAGGGACUGCCCUCGGACUUCGUGUGACACUGGCAAGUACACUGUCACUACUGAAAUAUGUAACAUCCUCACUAAAUUACAAAUAUCUGCUCAGAGCCAAUUUGAGCCAGGACAAAUUGGAGAACAUAUUUGGCAUUGUGAGGCAAUCAUUUGGCUGCAAUGAUCACCCCUCCCCUGAGCAUUUCUUGGUUAUAGUGAAUAAUCUUGCAUUUUAUAACUUGGCAAAGACACCAAGAAAUGGAAACUCGCCAGCUGAGACCAUAAGUUCGUUUCUGCAGCCAUCUGAUGUGGGCAAAGAAAAGGCUGCACAAAUAGCAAGCCUCAUUGAUCAGCUCUUAGAUGAGGGUAACCUUACACACGCAUCAGCCAUGCUGGAAGAACACAGCAGCAUACUUGACCACAAAGGCUGUGUCGAAAAGAAAAGUGACAGCAGGCUCAUUUUCUAUGUCGCUGGCUAUGUUGUCAGGAAGCAACUUAAAAGAUUCCCGUGCCCUGCAUGUGCAUCUACUAUGGCUAUUUUGCCUCUACAGGCUGAUGCAAAUGAGAACGCCUCGCUGACCAGGAACUUCGACCAUGGGGCUUGUUGUACCCUUCAAAACGCCUUGAAGCUUUAA